AUGGAGAUAAUAGCUUCGUUAUAUCUGACACGACCGUCUUCUCUGCUCAGCUCUUGCCCAAAUACUUCAAACACAGCAACCUCUCUAGCUUCAUCCGCCAGCUCAACAUCGACAAAAGUUGAUACAGAUCGUUAUGAGUUUGCGAAUGACUGGUUUGUGAGAGGUGAAAAGGAGUUGCUAAAGAAUGUAAUCAGGAGGAAGAAUGUUCAGAGUAGAGAGCAUCAGAGCAAAGCUACAGCUGCUCCUACUCAGGGAAAGUCUGAGAAGAGUGAAUUGUGGAAAGAAGUUGAUAUUUUGAAAGGGGAUAAGAAAGUGUUGGCGUUGAUGUUGAUGUUUCACUUAGAAGACAGAGUUGAAGGGAUGGAAGAGAGUCAACAAGAGAUGCUUUCUUUUUUAGUUAUGGUUAUGCAGAAUCCAAGUCUGUUGGUUCAGUUGCUUCAGCCUAAGGAAAACAGUUGGAGAAAGACGGAAGGGGGAGGAGGAGGAGCGAAGAUUUUGGAGGAAGUUACUGAUGAUGGAGAAACAAACACGAAUGAUCUUCCUUUAGUAAUGUAA